CCAAGACAAAAUACAUCGACCCACACAACGUUAACACAACCAUGGGAGUCUUCUUCCUCUUCCUUCUCUUUUUCUUCCUGUUUUCAGGUAUUACAGUAAGAGCACAAUCGUGCUCCAGUUCGGUUUGCCACGCCAACGGGCUCGCCGUGCGGUUUCCUUUCCGAAUAAAGGGUCUCCAGCCGGAGCGUUGUGGCUAUCCAGGCUUCGAUCUUAGUUGCAGCGGUAAUCUGAGCAGGACGUUUCUGGAGUUGCCGUUCUCAGGAAGAUUUUGGGUGAAGAGCAUCGAUUAUGCCAGACAGGAGAUACGAAUCGGGGAUCCAAACAAUUGCCUCCCCAGAAGAUUACUGCACUUGAAUCUCUCAGCUACUCCUUUCAGGGGCGAUUACUAUCAGACCUACCAAUUAUUCAACUGCUCCGCGGACUCCAUGAGAUUUCGGCCGGAAAUCAUCAUCCCUUGUCUCAGCAGCUCCACCCACAAGGUGUUUGCCACUGAUGCUGCCCUCAUCCCUACUGGGUAUGUGCCCAGGCGACCAUGCAAGCUGAUUUCAACCGUCUCGGUUCCGGUUUCGUCGGAGGAUUACGAAAGCAGCUUCGAUGUUCCACCGAUUGAAUUCAACGACGAUCUUCGGUUGACAUGGGACGCACCCAACUGCGGAGAUUGUGAAGGGCAGGAUGGAAAGUGCAGAUUCAAGACGAACACGACUCUUGAAACCGGAUGCUUCGAUGUUCCACGACGCGGCUUCUUUCUGAGGAAGACACCACCUGAAGCUUCAGGACAGACUCUUUUCAGACAGAAGUUGGUGUAUAGACUUGAACAGUACAGUGUUGACGCAGACAGAACGAGUCUUCCAAGAAGCAUUCGAUACGCCAUUUCCAUAGGCGUGGGCAUGCCAGCAAUGAUGUGCGCUGUUGGGAUGGCAUGCUAUGUCUGCAGCAAGGUCAAGUAUUACGGUGGGAGGCGCAACGCCAACAGGGAUUCGGCCUCAUCAACCGUCACACCACAACCCACCAUCGUUGUGAUGGGUCUUGAUGGAGCCACCAUAGAAUCCUACCCAAAGCUGGUCCUCGGUGAGAGCCGGCGCCUGCCCAAGCCCGACGACAAUUCUUGCCCGAUAUGUCUGUCUGAGUACCGGCCAAAUGAGACAUUACGUAGCAUACCUGAAUGUAAGCAUUGUUUCCACGCCGAUUGUAUCGAUGAGUGGCUUAAGAUCAACGCUACUUGCCCUCUGUGUCGAAAUUCGCCUGGCCCAUUGCCACCACCACCACCACUUCCUCCUCCCUGAUAGUGUAUGAUCGCUCAUGUAGUAGUAUAUGCAGGAAUAUUUGUAACUUUAGUAAUACUUGUUUUUAUGUUUCUUUUUUUUUUUUUAAUCUCAGUAUUUUUUUUUUGGUAUUUAACACAACACAUUAACGAAGUAAGUGAUAAUAGCGGAAUUUGAAUCCACAGGGGACGGAGAAUAUGGAACCAGUCCUAUUUCAUCCUCAGGUUUCAAUUUAUGAAUCUCUUUCUUCAGAA